CUUUGCUCAUACUUUUCCGAAGAUUUUGAGACAGUUUACGCGGCCGAGACGAAUAGAUCUGACGCGGGAGCCCUUGAGACAUUGUGACGCGCCUCCGUUGCGCCGACCCAACGACGUCGAUGGCGGGUCAUGGGAUUGCGCACGAGCUCUUUCAUCGAGAUGUACCUGCAGGUCAGCCUUUGGAGGAGACCUUCCUUGAGCAGCUUCAUCCGAAGCUGCAAGAGGUCUUCAAGAGCUCUCCAAUGCUGAAGAACAUGUGGGAGCAGGAGGUGAAGAGUGCGGUCAAUGGCUUGACCACCGAUGACCUUGGGAAGCUGGACCCGGAUCAGCUGCAUCAUCUGAUAGAUGCGCAGAAAGACGUGGACCACCGCAUGGAGGAGGUGAACAAGCUAGUGGAGGAGCACGGCGAUGCUUUGGAUCAGCUCAAGAGCUUGAUGGCUGGAGUGACCAGCCAGAGUCUUCCAGGAGUUCUGGUGAUUGGCCCUUGGCAAAGCCUUCCAAGGCGGACGACACCGGGCCUUUUGGAGCGUUGGACGAAGCCGAGCCCAGUCCCUGACCUUGUCACUGGAAGCUGAUCAGAUUCAUGAGACUAGAACCUGCUCAACGAGCUGCUGAGCUGAUUGGUUCGAUCCCCCGCUCGGAUCGAUCUCAUGGCGCACUGAGUAUUGGAUGCCCUUGGC